CACACACACACACACACACACACACACACACACACACACACACACACACAGCGUCUUCUCAGCGUAACAUCCAGGGGGAGGGAGGGAGCACGCGUGCCUGCGGAACACACCUGCGCUCAGAGGAGGACGGACACCGACACUCAAGUAUGAACACACAAAGUGAACAGGGUGGAAGGGAGGAGGAUCCCCACGGAGGAUGGUGGCGGAGAUGGCGCACUGCGAAGCGGCUCGUCGGUCGGGAGAUGAUGGGGACGGGGAUGUCCACACGUCUGACUGCAAAGGUAACCUACCGGAGGUGGACAGCAGUGACUCGGAACAUUCCGGUACGUCUGUGGCAGACUCUGAGGAAGGCUCUGGCUCUGAGGAAGAUGAGGAAGACCGGGCGGAUUUAGACAACCCUGACCCUCCCUUCUGCCUUCGUCUUGUGUCAGAAGCCAACGAGGAGAGGGAUGAGAAGGAGGAAGAAGUGGAGACGGGAGAGGAUUCGUCUCAAGAGGUCCUCUCUGAACCAGCUUCAACAGGAGAAGAGGUCCACCUCAAGUCACAAUGUGACAAAUGUAAAGCAGCUCAGCAGAGUUCUGACUACGAAAAGGUUACCCCAAGGAAAAUCUCGAAGGGUCGAUUACAGGUACAGCUGGAAGGCGAGGGGACCUAUGAGUGUUCGGCUACAGGUCUGGUGUUUGAGGUGUCGGAGCAGGCUCUGGUCCGCUACUCGGUCCUGUCCUGGUCCAAAUUCGACACGUUCCUCACGGACUCCUGGAAAUUCGCCGGACCCAUUUUCAACGUGGACGUGGUCAACAAGGAUGCAUCUGUGCUCAAGUCCAUCCUGUUCCCACACUCCCUGUGCCUUGCUGACCCCCAGUACGAGCUGCAGUUCAGUGUUCUGCACGUCCAGGGCAGCGGGUCGCAGCUGGAGCCGUCGGCGGAGCACACGGGCAGCCAUGUGCGGUGGCGCGUGUCCUCGCUGUCUCCGGUGGGUCCCGUCGUCCAGAGCAGCCGACCCCUGGAGCACCACGGGGUGGUGCUGGUGUACAAGGAGCUGGGCCACAACAACACCUUCAGCUUCAGGGUGUACCUGGCCUCCAACAACUCGUCCGACAUCAAGGACAUAGGCACGCAGGUGCGCUCUGCUCAGAAGAGCUACAGGAAGAUCGAUAAACCGCCCGUCUGUAAUCUAGACGUGGGCAAGUACCACCUCGUGAGCCAGCCGGAGGGGGAAAUCAACCCCAAGGAAUUGAAAUUCACCUUUGAAAUCAUCAAGCUGAAGGGCUACUUUGAGGCGUUCUUUGAACAGCCUCCUCCUUUUAAGCUGUCUCUGAAAGAGACGACCACGGACGAGACCGUGUGGUCUGCUACUAUCAGAGAAGGUGAUUGCGAAGAUGUCAAGAUGGUGUUCAAGCCAAAGCAGAAAGCAGGAGGCCGAAAGAGAAGCAGCAGUACAUCUGAAGAAGAAAUGGCCAGUAAGAAACCUUGCUGUUUGGAUGAGUCGGACGGAAACAACAAAAAACGGCCCGCAGGGCGGGAUCUGUCCGAUAAGCAGCUCCUGCAGGUGGCCAAAACGCUGGGGAAGGAGUGGGAGCAGGCGGCCAUUCACCUGGAGCUGAGCAUCACAGAUCUGGACGACAUCAAGGCAGACAGAGAGACGGAUGUGGCCAUGCAGAAGCUGAAGAUGUUGGCGCUGUGGAAGCGCCGAAGACCACCAGGAAAGGCCACAGCUCAGGACCUGCUGAGAGGUCUGGAAUACCUGGAGGACCUACCGGUCGAGACUCAUCUGUUAUUGACGGAAAUGGUGCAAGGCCCAGUUAAAUGACAUGACAAUGGCAUUUGCAGAGGCCCUUAUGCAGGAGAUGUCUCUGGGGAAAGAAAGCCAUGGAGACAUGUGAUGGACCAAAACGCAAGCGGUGGAUCAAACAACGUGAAACAGUGAAGCAGUCUGAGUAUUUGCUGGUCGGCCGGAUGCGGCCAAAUGACAGCAUCAGACCAAGUCCCUCCUUUCCUGAGCUGCUCGAUGUCUUAUUGGAGUCACAACGAUGGACUCGAUGAGUCAGUCCUGCAAUUGACAAUAGUUCUGUUGACUCUGGAAAGUAAUUAUUGAUAUCCUGUUUAGAAUAAGCCUUGGCUAAGAUGUUCCCCUCAGGUACCCUCCUAUAUCCAAAUAUAGACAUGAAUACAUUAUCAUUAUCAUGGAGUGUACUGUUUUUAUUUUAGGCCUUACCUUAGAUGUAGCUUAUUACGUAGCCAGCUAUAGAUGCUAACAUGGUGCUUAAAAAAGGGAAAUUAAUUCAACUUUGUUCAUCGCUUCAGAGUUUAUAUUUUCUUUUAGAAAUGAUUUGUGUAGAUUGGUAUAGCUAAUUUUUUCAAACUUUAUACAUUUCAGGGAAUUUCUCUUGUUUUGUUUGUAGGAUGCAUUUUUUAAGUAAUUUCCUUACGGUUGUGAGUUUAUAAAAAAUGUUCUUGAAUUGAUUAAUAAUCCACUACGACCAGCACAAUCUUUAAUCAUGACUCUUUUUAAGGGCAGCUGGUAUUGUCCUUCUUCAUAUUGUGCAUCUAAAUGAACAAUACUGUGAUUAAUCUAGUGACCCCAUAAAAAACGUGAGAUUUAAAUGACCGAUCUCACACCUGCAGGGCUUUGAAUCCGUCCCCAUUGCUCCUGAUUUACUUUGACUGGGGAAAUAAAAAACUUUUUUACAAAA